AUGCCUCCGCCCACAGGUCUCAGUCCACACCCAGCAAGCCUCUGCUUGCCAGAUCAGUUGGACUCAGGGCGAGAAAAGACUGCAUUUGAAAGACAAAGUCAAGGACAACAUAAGAAAAUUGAAGAAAUUUCAUCCACUUCUAAUCAGGAGACUGGAAGUGGUUCUGAAGAAGUGUGCUACACUGUCAUUAAUCACAUCCCCCAUCAGAAGCCCUCCCUGACCUCCCAUGAUGGUGAUUAUGAGAACAUUGACUCCAUCACAAGGAGAGUGAGACGGCUUAGAGAAGGAUCAGAAACAGAAUAUGCCCGUGUUAGGAUGUCUGUUACUAGGGCUUCUUCCGGCACCCAGGAGCAUGAUUAUGAACUUGUGUUUCCACACUAAAGCCCUCAGCUUGCCUCCUUAUCCCCAGCAAUGAAAAUGAUGCAGAAUGGCAGACUCCAGAGGAGAUCUUCACUCUCAACGGUUCAUGAGAUGUUCAUUUCUGUCCAGAGUUUAACAAUU